AUGUUGUCCAAGUAAGUUGUUUUGUUAUUUCUUUUUUAUGGCGAGAGAAAAGCCUCUGGCACUGCGAAUUUCAAAGAGAAAAUAUGGCAUUUUAAGCGUAAAUAAGCAAGGAUUCUUAAUUUAGGGUGUUCAUUUUAUAAAAAAACGGGUUUUUGGAAAAAAUUAUGUUGUUUUAGGCAAUAAUUAAUAAAAAACUAAUGUUUUACGUAAUAUUUCAAAAAGACAAAAAUUAAAGAUACACCAUUAAUUUUAAAAUAAAUAUAAACCUUGUUACCUAGUUGUCUCCAUUUUAGAACCAGAAUCCUCUGUCAAACUGUCCGAAACUCCCAAAUGGCUCAACUGUCGACUUCUCAAGAAUUUAUCGACCGCGAGAAGAAGUACGGUGCCCAUAAUUACAAGCCCAUUCCAGCUGUGAUAGCCAAGGGAAAAGGUAAGUUAUGUUAUAAUUCCUAUUUUGUCGUUCAUUUCCAGACAAUUUUUUGUUUGGACAUUUCGUCACUUUAUGAUCGGCUUUUUGACAUUCCGCUGUUUUGUUGUUGAUUUUGAGGUUUUUAGGUGUUCAUGUUUGGGACGUAGAAGGAAAACAAUACUAUGACUUCUUGUCUGCUUACUCUGCUGUAAAUCAGGGCCAUUGUCAUCCACGAUUGGUUGAGGUAAUCAAGAAGCAGUCGGAAGUAAGUUUGAUAAAUUCUAUACCUAAAAUAACGUAAAAUUAAUUAAAAUACUUGUUGUUUUAUAGGUUCUAACCCUCACAUCUCGCGCCUUCUACAAUGAUGUAUUGGGAGAAUACGAAGAGUACAUCACUAAACUGUUUGGAUACGACAAGGUAUUACCCAUGAAUUCUGGAGUGGAAGCUUGUGACACUGCUGUGAAAUUGGCCAGAAGAUGGGGAUACGAGAUCAAGGGCAUUCCAAAAGAUCAAGCUAGAGUUGUGUUUGCUCGUGACAACUUCUGGGGACGGUCGAUUGCUGCUGUCAGUGCUUCGAAUGAUCCAGACAGCUAUCACAACUACGGACCUUUUGUGCCCAACUUUGAUCUUAUACCUUAUAAUGACUUAGAGGCUCUGGAGGUAUGUUUUUAUAGAGUAAUUGAAUGAGUUACCAAUUUUAUUGUUUGUUAUGAUAUACCUAAAUAUAACUAUUUUUAUUGUUCAGCAGAAAAUUAUUACUCUUAUGUAUACUAACUUGUUUUAGAAAGCGAUAUCAGAUCCAAACGUAGCUGCUUUUAUGGUUGAGCCCAUUCAAGGAGAAGCUGGUGUUGUUGUACCGGAUGCUGGGUAUCUACAGAAGGUUCGUGAGCUUUGUACGAAACACAAAGUUUUGUGGAUCGCUGAUGAAGUACAAACUGGCCUUGGAAGGACUGGAAAUUAA